AUUACUGCCGAUCGCGAUCGCGAAUAUAGUUCAGUAGUAACUGUAAAUGAAGAUCAUCUGUUGGGAGAGUAACGCAUCAACAACGAUAUUUGUAAUUUUUUUGCUAAAAAUCGUGUUCGAUAAUAUCGACAAAAACACUGAUGAUCGCGUCAUCUCCGUGGACCGUGGCGGAUCACGUAAUAAUUAAAGCAGUUACCUUCGUGCGGCUGAGAUUUCUUGAGGAGCAUCCAAUCUGUGGCCAAUUUUAACGAAGAGAUUCCACGUUGGAUUGGUGAGUUGAGUGAAAAUCAUAGAAUCUCGGAAAAGUGCUCGUGUGGCAAGAAGUACAAAUUUGGCGAUCGUGGCUGGGAACAUUUCUCCCGAUCAACGCAAAAGUUCAUCAUUCCACGGUGCGCGAAUCGACCACGGCCGGAGCUGGUGCCAGUGCUUCCCGUAGACGUGUAUGGUUGGAACUUCUGAGCGCGAGAGAUCCGGGUUUUCCGCGAGGCACUGUAGAGAUCUCAUCUACCUGUGUCGUAGGCACACCAUACAACAUCACGAUCGGUUCUCACCUGUGCACAGGUACUGUCGUCAUCGCGUGUACCGUGUGUAUGUAUGUAGGCAUAGUGUGUUGUUGACUCGUACUCGUAGCCAUUCUCCGAGUGGAUUGCUUCUUGGGUCGGCAUUGUAGCAUUGGUAAACCACUCGGAUCACCAUUGAAAACUGCUUUCUGAAUGCUGGGAGGAGAGCGAGUUGUCUGGUGGCGAACCCCGAAGAGAGGCUGCAAUGGGGAGGUUUCGGAGGAACACAACAUAGUUCCGUUUGUUUCUGAUGGACAGCAACUUCACGGGUGAUGGAGUCAAAGAGACGCAGCAAGCGACAUUAUUGCUGUUGUUGUCGUCGUCAUCGUCAUCCGCUCCGCCGUGGUACACACAUAUUUUCUGGUAGUUGGACUUUCUGGAAUGGCAUUUGACACAGAUUUGCCGUGCAAGCGAACGAUUUGUAGUUUGUGAAAAUCUCACUUUCUAGAUAGUAACUGCUGCCCUGUGCCCCGAGAGCAAAAAGUGUAUUCGGUCCCAGUACAUCAAGUAUUCCGCGAGUGAUCUGCAAGUCGGAAUUCAUUGCUGAAAAGUGCAGUUCGCAUCGGGAAAGAGUGAGUGGCGAGUGACCGUGCCCUGGAGGUGCCGCGUGUAAGGUUCUAUGGAAGUUAUCAUGUGUUUUCCCUGAGUGCAAUGAAAAGUAUCUGUAUAUAUGCCGUUUCGCAGCCCAGGAUCCGGGGAGUGAUGGAAAUUGAUUACAUGGUACUUUCCCAGUGUUAAGUGCUAUUGUAUGGUCGCAUAGUGCAAAAUCAUUGAGAGGCUCCAAUUGGAAUCGCUAAUGAGAAGAAAUUAGUUAAUUCGGUCGUGGAAAUGUUGCAUCAGCAAACCUCUCACUAAUGCAGUCGCAGAGCGGAGGAGUGCACCUUGGGUAGGAAAGCAUCCCCUGCAAUAAUGCAAGUGCAGUGCUCUUGUCGCCCCAGUGAACGGAAUAGAACGUGCUUUUGUUGCUCUCGUCUCCCUGCAAAAUGUGAUGCUAUUUUAAUUAGUGAUCGUCUAUGGAAUAAUGAAUCAAAAUGCUGCUGAAAGUUUGCAGCCCACGUGGCGACUUUGGGGAGAGGAGCGUGAGAAGGAUGCUGUUUUUACAGUCUACCUCAAAAAGGUGCGAUAUCAUCGGCCCACACCCAGUGCUAAUCAGGAUUCAGACGAUGAAAUAUCACAUCUGGAAUGGGAAACGGUGAGGGUGCGUUUCGUGAAGGCUGCAACAUUGUCACGCUUAGUCGAAGCACUCGCCACGGACGAUGGCGAACUCGAAAGUACAUUUAUCAAUGUGUUCCUAUCAACAUAUCGAACAUUUUCGAAUCUCAAAGAAGUUCUUGGAUUGCUCAUUAAACGCUAUGAGAAGCUGAACGAUAUGAUAAUUUACGAACAGCAAAGUCUUGGCGAAGGAGCAUCAAAGAUUGAACAACAUAAGAAAACUCUAGUCUCUGCGUUGCAUGUAUGGUUGGAUGGAUUCCCUGAAGAUUGGAAUGAAAUCAAUCUGCGUCAAAUGCUGACGUUCACGUCUAAACGAUUACCACAUUCCGAAUUGCAUAUGAAAGUCUUGCAUCGAUUGGAUCGCAUCGCGCAUAUUCCAUCGAAUCAUAGUAGUAUCGAUAGCUAUAUACCAUGGGCACAUCCAUAUCCUGAGUUUGCCGAACAAUUCGCCGGACUAUGCUUGGCCCCAGCGCUACGUGGACCACCAUCACAUCUCUUACAAGCCUACCGUUUUCCACAUGUACCUGUUAAACAUUUUGCCGAACAAUUAACCCGUAUGGAUAUGGAAUUAUUCAAACGAUUGAUACCGCACCAGUGUCUGGGUGCUACAUGGGCCAGGCGAGAUAAAAACGAAGCUGGAACCGUGGUAGCAACAGUAACACAAUUCAAUGCCGUAUCGUUUCGGGUCAUAUCUAGUAUACUAGUCGAACCCAGACUUAAACCACCGGAGCGUGCCCAAAUCAUCGCAACAUGGAUCGACAUUGCACAAGAACUAAGACUGUUAAAAAACUUUUCAUCUCUGAAAGCUAUUAUAUCUGGCCUGCAAUCUAACCCCGUGUACAGGCUAUCGAAAACAUGGGCUGCUCUGCCUAGGGAAAAGUUGGAAAUAUACAAUGAACUUGCCAGAAUAUUCUCUGAAGACAAUAACGCUUGGGUUCAAAGAGAAGUACUCAUGCGCGAAGGCACUGCCAAAUUUGCCGAUACAGUUGGCGAAAAUGAUCGACAUUUGCAAAAGGUUUUCCAAAAACAGAGUACGCAUACAUCACACGGAACUAUCCCAUAUCUAGGAACAUUUCUCACCGAUCUAACAAUGAUCCACGCAGCUAUACCAGACACCCUAGUCGAUGGUCUGAUAAAUUUUGACAAAAAACGAAAAGAAUUUGAAGUGUUAGCUCAAAUAAAAUUGCUUCAAGGUGCUGCCAACACUUACCAGUUACACGAAGAUCAUCUAUUCGAUCGAUGGUUUGCAUCAAUGCUAGUCUUAGAUGAGCGCGAAGCUCAUACUUUAUCAUGCCAAUUGGAACCCCCUACAGAACCUCGACGAUCCAACAGCUCGGGACACCGUAAAACUGAUUCUAUCACAUCAAAUUCGAGCAGUGGUGCAGGUUCACAAUUCUAUUGUGAUAUUUUACAUAACGGCGCAUCAAGACAUAGUUCAAGACAUAAUUCCUUAGAUCGUGACGCCACACCACCGAAUCCUUCGAUUCUUUCGGCAUCGAGUAGUGUAUCCAACUUAUCAGUGGAAUCAAGUACUUCAAGUGGUCAUAGGUUUGUCAACAAUGGAAAGCAUGUAGGAAACGGGAAAACACCAGCUAAUGGAAUCCCAAUCAUCAAUGCCCAGCUAGUCCAAACUUCACCAGGCAAAAAUUCAACUCCCGAUUUUUAUAUUAUUCGCGUUACUUACGAAACAGAUAAUGUCGAACUAGAUGGAAUCGUGCUGUACAAAAGCAUCAUGCUUGGUAAUAACGAGCGAACACCUCAAGUUAUUCGGAAUGCUAUGAUGAAACUGGGAUUAGAGGCCGACCCUGAUAAAUAUACAUUAGCGCAAGUCUUGCCCGAUAAGGAGCUAGUCAUGCCGCUGGAUGCAAAUGUGUAUUAUGCCGUCAAUACAGCUCACAACUUAAAUUUUAUAUUGAGACCAAAACGAGAUGGACAAUAAUAAAGUAAAUUGAGUCUGACACGAGGAACAAAAGGAACCAAUGUACUUAAGUGGGCAUUGAGACAUAUUCAGAAGUAUGGCUUGGAAAUGGAAGCAUUUGAGUUCUACACAUUUCAUUGUCUCGAAAGUGUCUCUUGUUUCGUAAUUUCGAGCUGAUGCAUGGGAAAUCCUAUUAUUUCAGAAUAGCUUAUGCGGACUGCACUCUAUGCUUCCAUUCCCAUAUUAACGCCAAACCAAGCACCAUACAAAAUUACAAAAUACUCACACAGAAAAACAUGACUAAUGUCGUAAAAUUACAUAUAACCAACCGAAGAAAAAUACUGACUGCAACCGAAAACAUUUUGACUCGAAUUUAUAUUAAUGAAUGUAUUUAAUACGCGGAGAGCACAUAAUAUAUUUUUAUAAUAAAUACAUUUACGGGCAAGAAGACCAACUUCGUCCAGCAUGAAAAACAAUUAUGUUAGACAGUUUUGAUAGGGAAAUUUGAUAAUGAUCAAUGUUAAUUACGUUGUAUAUAGAAGGGAACAAAUUGAAGCGCCGGAACCAAGGUGUUGCGAGCCGACAUCUAUGAAGUGCUUACUUUUACCCCAUUUUAUUCGAACUCUUUCUGUUAUAAAUAAUGUCCUUCUAUCUAUCUAAUUUGUACAAUAUUCCAAACGAUAUGAAAUGCUGAAAAAGAAUUAUUUAUUUAUAUUACAAAUAUACGACGCAACAAGAAAAACUAUGAAUUAUCGUAAAAGCAGUUUUCUGAAAGGUAAAAAAUGUAAAACGAUAAAAUACAGGCUGCAAAACAAAUACAAGAAUACUAACAUUUAGGCUUAUAAAGGAAGUAAUAAUAAAUAAUCUUUAGUUGAUAAUUACGAUAUUACGAUAGACUCCUUAUACAGUGAGUAAUUUUAAGGAAUAUUAUUAUAUAUUUAUACGCGUAGGCACUGAUUGGCAAACAAAUAAAAAAAUUUGAAAAAUUAAUGAAAAUCAUGAGCUCUGUAAAUUUAAUUGAAAGAAUAAUAAAGCGAAAGAAAUAAUUGUAAUGGACAAAGAACCGUGAUGAAUAAUACAAAGUACUGUAACAA